AUGGGCAAAGAUGGUGUACCUCAGAAGUGGCACUGUAAGACCUGCUUGCAUCCCAAGUCGGGCAAGCCCUUCCUCAAUUUUGCCGAGAAUAAGAAGUGUUUCAACUGCGGCAUCGCGAAGUCGGCCUGCUUCGGAGGCCACGUCGUCCCGGCGGUGCCCUCCAAGCGGGCUCCUUGGCUCAAGAAGGAUGCCUGGGCCAAGGGACCGCCGGCCACAGACGGGGAGCUCGCCAAGUGCCAGGCCCAGAUCAAGCGCCUGGAGGGCGAGCUCAAGAAGGCCAAGCAGCAGCAGGACUCGGCCAGUAAGGACGGCAUGUGCUGGGACGUCGACAACGAGUGCGAGGCCGUCCCUGAUAAGGAUCGCCUGGCAGCCAUUGACAUCGAGCUCGGCACCAUCUCGGCCUCGGAGGGCACGGUCUGGACCCAGAUCAAGGCUGACUUGCGCGCGGAGCGGCAGGCGAUCGAGCAGCGCAUGCUCGACUCCCAGCCGGUGGCCUCGAGGCUUCGCACGCUGCUGCGCAAAGUCGACGAGGCCGAGCGCCAGUUGGUCAAGUCCAAGAAGCAGCAGGAGGGAUGCCGCAAGCGAAUCGUGGAGGCCGAGCAGGCGCUCAGCGAGUCCGACUCCCGCGUCGCCGAGCAGGAGCAGCUCCUUGCGAAGCUCAAGGCUCAGCAGGCGGCGUUGGCUGCCCAGGGCGUGGUGCUUGCGGCGCCUCAGGGCGCUUCGGCGGCGCCGCCCAUUUUGCUGCUCGAUUCGGAGAAGGUGCCCGACCUCUCGGGCUUCGCGGUCAAGCUUUGCGAGCGCGCCCCGCAGUGCUCGCAGCAGACCCUCGUUCGUAUCGAGGCGCCCGUGGGGCAGGCGCUGGCUGGCAUUGCAGGCGCGCCUGGCGACGAGCGGGAGUCCAAGUGCCCGAAGGGGAAGAGGAAGUUCGUGCCCUUCAUGGUAAGCUGCGGUACGCCUUUGGAAGGCGACAGGAUGGUCAAGCCUCUCCGGCUUUCUCGCCUAUGUAAGCCCUUUGUGAUGCUGCUGCUGGCCAUGGUGUCCUUCUACUUCAUCAUUCUGAGCGAGUGGCAGCGCCUGGAUCUGCCAGCCCCUGAAGCGGCGAUGGUCGAACCAGCACGUCUCUUCCAGGAGGAGGUCGUCGAGGCGCCCGUGGAGCUCAAGUUGGAUCUGCUUCUACCGGUGCCGCUGCGCCGUGGCACAGCCCCCCUCCACAUCGCCACCAUCAACGGGGACACGUGGCAAGGGGCUCGCACGGUGCUGGAGUGGAACGCCGCAGCCGGCAGGCGCUUUGACGUGGCCUUCGUUCAGGAGACGAGGUUCCCCGACUCCGAGGCGGCUGGGGGCGCUCGCCAGUGGUGCUUGGGCCAGGGCUGUCAUCUUGCCCUGGGCCCUCCUCGUCGGACUGGCGCUGAGCGUCUGGCUGUCAGUGGCGGCGUGGGCCUCUGCAUCGGCACGCACAUUGGGGUCUUCAGUGGCAUUGCUGUCCCUGAUGAGUGGAGCCAUCGCAUUGUGGCCAGGAAGAUCCACCUCGGCGAGGGCUCGGUCCUCUUGGUGAUCUCUCUCUACAUGAUCACCUCCAUCGGCCUCACUGGUGAUAACCUGGCGCUCCUUGCGGAG